AUGCAGCAGAAGAGUCAGGCGGACCGGCGGGCGGCGGCGGGCCUGAAGGAGCUGCAGCAGGCGCUGCAGCAGAGUCUGGACGAGUGCAGGCAACUGAAGGAGAAACUGGCUAAAACCGAGGCUGAGCUCAACUCCUCAGUGGAAGAGCUCUUCCAGGUGAAGAUGGAGCGGGAGCAGUGCCAGACGGAGAUCAGAGACCUGCAGGACCAGCUGUCAGAGAUGCACGACGAGCUGGACAGCGCCAAGAGGGCCGCCGCUGACGGAGAGAAAGACGCACUCAUGGCGGACAUGAUGCAGCUGAAGGUGGAGAUGCAGGAAGUGGUCAUUGCCAAAGAGGAGCUGGAAGAACUGUUGAGGAGGCGAGAAAGGGAGCUGGCAGCCCUCAAAGGAGCUUUGAAGGACGAAGUGGCCGCUCACGAUCAGGAGGUGGACAAGAUGAAGGAGCAGUACGAGAAGGAAAUAAGCCGGCUGCAGACGUCUUUGGAGGAGGCCAAGCAGGUAAUCAUCCUCCCUUCUCUCUCCUCCUCCAGGAGCGCAGCCUGUCACAGAGCGGCGUGAGAUAAGCGCACCAUGAGGGGAGCUGAUAGCGCCGCCAUAUGUUUGUUGUCAGGCCUCGGCGUUGUGCUUUAAAGCAGCACAGUUUGAUCUGGUCACCAUUUUCACAGGCAGCAGGGGUUUGUAGAUUAGCAGGGUUUGCUAAAGUCAGAGGCCGGCUCGUCUUUUACAGGAGAGAGGAGUCGGUGAUGCGUUUUUUAUUUCAUCACUUUGCUGUCUAUUUUAUUGGGAUGUUGGAGAAAACCCACAGAAUAACAGACCAACAGUAAUCACCAAACAGCUUUAAUGAAGUUAAAUUACACACAGAUGGACUUUAUUUACUGAUGAGGUGACUUCUGAACAGAUUCACUGUAUCUGCUGAAGUAAAGACAUCCCCACAUUAUGAUGCUGCCACCACCAUGCUUCACUGGUCUCCUUAAACCAGACCUCCAUCUUUUACAUGUUUGCUCUCCACCUACAUGGACUAGAUAUCUUGAUUUAUAAUUUACUGAAAUUAUAAGUUUUGAGUGCUUUAGCCCUUUGUUUAAACCAGAAGUGUCCAAA